UGUACGGUAGGCCAUAUUUGACAGUGGCACUAGUCUAGCGAAGUGAGUGCGUGAAGAUCGCUCUUCGUUCGACGGUCCGCGAUUCGACAACCUGUGUAAAUACUCGCGAUCCUACGCAUAGAACGAGAGGAGUCUCAGAGACGUAGGAAAUUACAUACACAUAAAAAAAAAAAAAAUAUACACGAUGAGUUCUGCAUUUCCGGAGGGCGCACCCAUUUACGGGCCCUUUUUCGGAGUAAUGGGCGCUGCCUCUGCCAUUAUAUUUUCCGCUCUGGGAGCAGCUUAUGGCACAGCCAAAUCAGGUACAGGCAUUGCAGCGAUGUCUGUUAUGAGGCCAGAACUUAUCAUGAAAUCUAUCAUUCCUGUUGUCAUGGCGGGUAUUAUUGCCAUUUAUGGAUUGGUAGUGGCGGUUCUUAUUGCCGGUAAUUUAAACGAACCACCAAUUUACACUCUUUAUAACGGUUUUGUCCACCUGGGUGCUGGCUUAGCCGUAGGUUUUUCUGGUUUAGCUGCAGGAUUUGCCAUUGGUAUUGUGGGAGAUGCGGGUGUAAGAGGCACUGCACAACAGCCUCGCCUCUUUGUCGGUAUGAUCUUAAUUCUCAUCUUCGCAGAAGUAUUGGGUCUUUAUGGUCUCAUCGUUGCCAUUUAUUUGUACACAAAAUAAACAGCGCGUAGAGGCAAGAAUGCAAGACUUGUCGCCUGCAACCAACAACGCUCCCCAACUAUUAAAUAUUGCAACUUGUUUCAACAUUUUACUUAAUCAUAUACACACAUUACUUCGUUCAUACCCGCAUCGCCUCACAUGCGCAUACUUCUGUAAUGUUAUAUUCAACUCCAUAUGUUAGAACUCGUGCAUUUAACGUCUACACAAAUCAUAACGUGAAAGAUGUAUCUAUCGGAAGUACUGCAAUACAAGCAUGGCUGCGGCAAGUCGAGAAACGAAUGAUCUAAUUGAAUGAAUUAUUUCGAUCUUACGAAAGUAGGACGAAAUUUAAUUAAAAGAAAAUGUGAAAAUUCACAGGCGACAGGGAAUUACAUAGAGGAGAAAAAAAAAAUUACCCCAUGUCCCACGACGAAACAUUUCUCUCACUGUAUAGUAAUCAUUUCUAGCGUAGUUUGACAUUGAAUUAUCAAUUAAAAUAAUCGGCUCUACUGAAUGUAUAAAGAUGAGAAUGUUAUUCAUAAAAGAAUACUUAGCACAAUUAUAAUAUUAAACGUAAUUGAAGUGGCAGUAUACAGCAUGUAACAAAGUACGAGAAAACGAAAGUACAUUGUUAAGAGGGAAAAAGGCCAACAACAAAUGUUUGAAUUAUUAUGCGUGUAAAAGACGGCAUAAUAUAUACGGUCGUUGUACAGUGAUGGUUCUGUAAAAAAAAAAAAAAAAAAAAAAAAAAAAAAAAAUAAUAAAAAAAUAAAAAAAAAAAAAUAAAAAGAAAAUAAAAAAAAACAGAAUUCGUACAACCGAGAGAGGAUGCAAGGGGGACAAAGAAUGGUGUGUUAAGAGAGAGCGAGAGAGAGAGAGCGAGAGAGCGAGAGAGAGAGAGAGAGAGAGAGAGAGAGCGAGAGAGAGUCAGCGGAAGAAGCGUGAAUGUAUUAAGUAAAUAAAAAAAAAAAAAAAAAA